AUGGGUGCCGGCGUGCAAACUCAGUUCACUUGCGAGGACGCCUGUGUGCAAACUCAGUUCACUUCAAUGGAUGCUGGCGUGCAUACUCAGUUCACUUUGAAGGACGCCUGUGUGCAAACUCAGCUCACUUUCCAGGGCGCCGUCAAAACGUGGAUUGACAGGAGCACUGCCCAGAAGGGGUUCACUGGCCAGAUUGCGCUGCAGUAUUUAAUCCAGGGGCUUGAAUUAUUCGUAGACCUCAUGACAGAGCCAAUGACCAUCCCAAAACAUCAUGUAUCAUUUUGGUUCCAUUCUUUGUUCAACCUCACGGAUCAUGUUCAGUCGUUUCUGGGAGAACUUUUGGAUUGUCUCAAAUCUCACCGUUUCGUGACGGGGAAAAUGGACCGUGCCGAGGAGGCCAGGUUUAAAGCUCCAGGGUACAUUGUCGAUUGUUUUAGUUUUGUUCCAGACGGACUCUUCGAGAGUGCCAGUCGCGCAGACCCGCGGAGACUCGCAGCAUACACCCGGAGACUACAGCACAUGUGGGAGCCCCAAGAGCUCAGAAUUACGUCGCCACGUGGACGAAUCGCCUCUCCGUCGGGGUCGUCGUCUGUCCGUGUCGCUUCGGAUGUGAUAGCCAAGACUGGACAUCAAAAGUUGGUUCCCGAAUCUUCCCAAAGCAUUCGAGUUUCUCCCGAUAACGGUGGGAGCUCUAGAGGUAGCCGCAAAGGCAGAGGCAAAGGCAAACGAUAG